AUGGCAGAAGAACUGCGAGAGAUCCCUCAGGUAACAACGGGGAUAUCUUCUAACGAUGAGGUCUCUACAUCUCCGACUAAGAAGACAGAACAAAGAGCUUUUUACCUGUUCGGAGCAAGAAUCCCGUUUCAAGACUCCUCAUCCUUGGCAUACAAGGAAACGACAUAUGAAGCCUCGAAAAGUUGUUGCUCCUCAGAAAACUUGAAUGAGGACGGCUUCUUGGCUCCUUGUUUAAACGCUGAUUCUAACCCUGAGGUUACGUGUGCUGAUCCCAAAGAAGUAACGGAAGAGGCAAGCAAGAUUAAGAAGAUGAGACUUGAUUUCUCGAAAGAGGAUUCAAAAGAAGAAGAGAAGCGAACCGGAGUCUCGAUGAACGAACUACCUCUCGACACAUGGACCAUCACGAAGACGCUGACUCAAAGCGACAUCAACGGUUCAAGCCGACUUCUUGUAGCGACAAGCGCAGCGGAGAAACACAUCUUGCCAAAUCUAUCUCCAGAUUCCAGAUAA